AAAUCAUGCAGCUAGAACUCGUUUCCAAUCAGGCCGCUUGACUUCCACCACGGCCAGUUGUGGAUCAUCCUGCUCCUUGGAUAGUUUGCCCGUUUCGUACAGCUGUGCCCACCACUCUUCAUUCUUCGACCCAUCCUCAUCGCAAGAGAACUCUCCGGCGACAAAGUCAUCAUGAGCAAGCUCUCCAACUACGGCGCUGUCGGCCCCUUCGUCCACGCAAACAUCCACGAGUUUGACACGGUAGACUCUACCCUGCUGCACAAACACUAUGGCAAUCUGUUCUCCCUCCUGCUGGAUUCGCUGCUGCAGGGAGCGAAUGCGAACUAGGUUGGGCCAUGCUCAACGAGCGAGCUCUCUCAGGAGCUCCAUGUCGAGCCAGUCCUUCUGAAGUUUGACAUCGACAUUGGAACUGGGCAUCUACAUUACAGCUGGUGCACCAUCUCCGCCGCCUUAUGCAUAAUGGACACAUUGCCCGGAUUCUCCAAGCCUCCCCCUAACCCAGUUAGGGAGGAAACCAUGAACUCGCCCUCCUCUCCAACUCUUGGUCCAUUGAGAUCCGGCAUCAUACCCCCGGGUGAAUAACCAAUGAUUUGGUACAGGCAAGUCCGAAUACGACCCUGUGGAAGAUGCCUUUCACAUGAAGAGCCUUGUCCACCAAGAAGAUCGCAGAAGUGGCCGAAAGCAUGUCUUGCACACGCUUCAGAGGUUGGUCCG